CCCAAUUAAUGAAUUAAACGCAUUUCCUGGCAACGUCGCGAUUUUCCUUUUCCCUUCGAGAUCACUCAGAUAUCCAACUCGGUCGACUCGCUGCCAAGGGAUUAUGAGACCUCUCAAGGCCUCCUCCUCGAAUUACAGGCGACCCACUUUUCUGCUUCUCAUCUGUGCUGCAAUUGCUUUUUCCCUCCUUGUUCUCGCUAUUCAAACUUCCUUCUUCUCCGGAAACCGCAAAUACGAUCUGAACAGAGAGGAAAUUCGGACUCUAACUGAUUUUCAGACCAGUGUUCUGCAAUGCGUGGCAAACAGGGGUCUUGGGCUCACUGCACAAAUUGUUGACCACUGUAAAUUAGUCCUCAAAUUUCCCGAAGGCACAAACAGCACCUGGUACAAUGAACAGUUUAAAAUUUUUGAACCCCUCGAAUACAACUAUGAUGUUUGUGAGGCAAUUCUACUAUGGGAACAGUACCGUAACAUGACUACGGUUUUGACAAGAGAAUAUCUUGAUGCACGACCAGAUGGAUGGCUAGAAUAUGCAGCAAAAAGGAUUGCACAAUUGGGAGCAGAUAAAUGCUACAACCAUUCUCUUUGUGAGGAGCACCUCAAUUUGAUUUUACCAUCAAAGCCACCUUUUCAUCCCCGUCAGUUUCGGACAUGUGCAGUUGUUGGAAAUUCUGGUGAUCUUUUGAAGACAGAAUUUGGAGAGGAGAUUGACGAGCAUGAUGCAGUAAUACGGGACAAUGAAGCUCCUGUUAAUGAGAAAUAUGCCAAGCAUGUUGGUCUAAAGAGGGACUUCCGUCUUGUAGUAAGAGGUGCUGCACGCAACAUGGUUGCUAUUCUCAAUGGGUCUGAUGAUGAAGUUCUUAUAAUUAAAAGUUUGACCCACAGAGACUUCAAUGCAAUGAUAAAGACUAUCCCAAAUCCAGUUUAUCUGUUCCAAGGUAUUGUGCUUCGGAGAGGUGCUAAAGGAACUGGAAUGAAAUCUAUAGAAUUAGCACUUUCCAUGUGUGAUAUUGUUGACAUAUAUGGUUUCACAGUGGAUCCCGGCUACACAGAAUGGACCCGCUACUUCUCAACACCAAGAAAAGGGCACAAUCCACUGCAAGGAAGAGCCUACUAUCAACUCCUGGAGUGCCUUGGUGUUAUUAGAAUCCAUUCUCCCAUGAGAGCUGAAAGGAAGCAGGACUGGUCAGAUGUGCCAAGUAAAGAAAUGAUAAGGAAAGCUCACACUGCUGCACUUAAAUUAAAGAGAAGUCAAGCUGAUGAAGUUGGUGGGUUAGGACCUUUUGGUGGUUGUAAGGUAUGGGGUAAUGUGGGAGAGGAUAGUAAUGGACCCGUUUCAGGAUCUCCAGACAUGAGUGAGAGGCGAAAGAAUUCGAAUUAUAGUAAGUGGGAAUUAUUGCCCUUUGAGAGUCUUAGAAGAGAAGCACAAGAACACUAUAUUCAGAUGGGAGGUGUUUCUUUAUACAAAAUGGAUGGCAAUAAAUUGGAUGAUCUGGUCUGUGUCAGACACUCUUUGAAAUCAGAUGUACAGGGAAAAAGUUUUGGUUGAGAGUUGCAAGACACAACAGAAUUCAUGUAGCUACACUAAGUAGUUGGUACUAUGGGAUAUGGGAUAAACUUUUAUUGGUUGAUCUGGGGGGAGGGAGAGCCUCGGAUGGUUUCUUUUAUUGCAUUUUUUGUUGGUUUGAGUGAAACUCUUAUUUGGCAUCGUCAUCAGUUCUGGGAUCUGGGAAAAGUUAAUUCUUGGAUUUAGGGCUUUAUGUUUCAGUUGGGACUACUCCUAACGUGGUGCAGAAAGAGCUUUGGUACAAGUACAGAAAUCUCUUAUCAUUAGUUCAUGGUAGUAGCAUCUAUGGUUGCAAUGCUUUUUCAGCUCGCCUGUAAAAAACAAGAGGUAUGAGUGGGUAGGCUGCCAAAUCAAUAAGUGGAACGUGUUAUAUAAUUACAUUUGUCGAUGUAAGGCAUUGAAAUCGAGAUCUAGGGCAUUUUGCAAGGAAUAGGCUCGAGUCUUGAGCAGGGAAAAGAAUACUAUGGUAGUAUGGUGUCAAAUAUGAACUUUCCCCAUAAACAUUCUGGUGCUUAAACUAGUGAUUUUAUUUGUUUAUUUAUUUAUUUAUUAUUUUUGGUGAGAUUGAGAAUUUCUUUCCAAAACUCUAAACCCUUUAUUGUUGGCUGUCGCUUCAUAAGUUAAAGUACAUUCCAUCUA